AUGGAGAUUGGUCAUGUGAUUCUUGUUCUUAGCAUCAUUCUUCCAUCCCAUGUCCAUGGCAAGCUGAAAAUUCAAGCCAUAUAUCAGUUUGGAGAUUCAAUCUCGGAUACAGGCAACUUGAUACGUGAGGGUUCUAAUGGAGCAAAUUCACCCUUUGCUAAGCUCCCUUAUGGCCAAACCUACUUUCAUAUACCUACUGGACGUUGCUCGGAUGGUCUUCUCAUCAUCGAUUAUUUUGCUCAAGCCUUGAAGUUGCCUUUUUUAGAUGCAUUUCUUAACAAAAAUGGAAACUUUUCUCAUGGAGUCAACUUUGCCGUAGCAGGAUCGACUGCUCUCAACACUGAAACAUUGGCUGCAAAAAAUAUAAUGUCGCCCAUGACUAACAGUUCCUUAUCUGUUCAGUUGCGUUGGUUUAAAUCUCAUCUAUCGUCCAUUUGCUCUCGUCCUUCAGACUGCAAACAUAAACUCGCCAACUCCCUCUUUAUCAUCGAAACUGGAGGCAACGACUUUAAUUAUGCAUUCUCCCAAUUUAUGCCUAUGCACUUGGUACGACAACUGGUUGAUCAAGUAGUUCUAACCAUCUCUAGUGCUGUUACGGAAGUAAUAAGUUUAGGAGCGACUCGAGUCAUCGUUCCUGGAAACUUUGCUAUUGGUUGCAUGCCGGUUUAUCUUACAGGGUUUGAAACAAGUGAUUCAAUGAUGUAUGAUAAUAUGAAGUGUUUACAAAAUCUUAAUGAAUUUGCAAUGUUCCAAAACAGCCGAUUACAACAAGCUCUUGCUAAACUUCAAAAGCAUAAUCCAAAUGUAACAAUUGUUUAUUCUGACUAUUUCAAUGCUAUGAAGGAUCUCCUUCAAGAUGCUCCUUCACAUGGGUUCGAAAAGAGGAACGUUUACAAGGCAUGCUGUGGAUUUGGAGAAAAUGACUAUAAUUAUGACAUGAGUAGAAUGUGUGGAAAUGAUGGUGUACCAGUUUGUGCAUAUCCUCAAAAUUAUGUGAGUUGGGAUGGAAUACACAUGACUCAAGCAGCAUACAAAUUCAUGGCCAAUACCUUACUCAACAAAAUUCUUCCCAAAAUCUCCCAUUGA